AUGAGCGAAUUAAAUUUGGCAGAAUGUUUAGGACAACAUCCCGUAAUAGAAACUGUAGCCAGUGGUGCGGGUACAAACUUUCCCGCAAAUGGAACCGUCUCUCUUGAUAUGUUGACAAGUAACACGAUCCAUGCAAUACUUAAUUUACUAACCGGCCGAUGGAUCGAUCCAAACGGAAAGUUACUCCAGAAGUUGAUUCGUGAAGGCUAUAAAUAUGCUGAUAAACUUUCAGAUUAUUUAGAAGAUAUUGAAACUAUGUACAUCGGUGAAUUCGCAUUAGACCCCUUAGCCGACUUCUACUAUCCAGCUCUAAUUCCACCUUUAUCUAUCCUAGCUAGUAGAUCGGAUAUUCGUAAAAAGUUUCCUAUUAGUGUAGAAUCUGCUGUCGUGAGAUUAUUUACCCUUGAAAAAAAAAUAAACGAUCCUCCAAUACAAUCAAAUUAUUCUAGUGAUAACUUGUCUGCAUUAAUAGGAAUAACUUGGGAGCGUGGAGAGACGAAAGCUUGGAGGAAUAACGUACUCAUGAAAUUCCUCCAUCACCCGAAUUUAGCUCCUUCAGAACAUAGACCGGUGACAAGCACCAGCGAGCAGAAAGUUAUCAGAUAUGCAGAGAAAUUAGCCCGAAUAUUUGGACUAGAUAAGCAAAAUGCAGAAGUAUAUAGUACGCUUUCUAGAGAAAUCAGAGCGCUAGCGAAAAAGCUGAAUGAUUAUCAUUUCGAGUAUAUCAGCUUAAAAAAGACGGAAAAAAGAUUGGAGAGAGAUGUAGAGUCCCUAGAGACUGAAUUAGAAGAUUUAGAUGACUGUGCGAAUAAGGACACUGUGGUCGACUUAAUACAUGAAAUAGUUCCCUUACUGAUUAGUGAAAAAGGUAAGGGUUAUUCCGAUUUAUCCGAAGAAUCCGAUUUGGAUGAGACAUUUGUGGUAAGAGAACGAAAGGCUGUUCCUUAUAAGCAACGAAGGAAGGUGCGACCAAAGAAGGGGACCCAAAGGGACAAAGUUAAGAUCAAGAAAGGUUCUAGUUUGGGAUGGUGA